AGACUCUCCUAAAACCGGCUCUGGCGUGCGCGAUUUGAACCGGAAACCCGAUUCGGGCUACGCGUAUGAGAAAGUGUACGUCAACCUGCCCGAUUUGGACUACGCAUGCGCAGGAACGUAGUGAAACGAAAUGGGCAGAGCCGUUUUAUGAGUUUAUUGUUUCUUUAUUUAGCCGUUUUAUCCUCUACAAGUUUUCUGAUAUCGGAAUAACGUACAUUUGCUACGCAUGCGUAGUCCAAACCCGGUUUCCGGUUCAAAUCCGUUCAUUCGGGCUUGUUAGCUGAAGCGGAUGAAGGCGAGAUGAGCGGCAGAGUCGGAGACCUCAGCCCCAAACAGGCCGAGGCUUUAGCGCAGUUUCGUGAGAGGAUACUAGAUGUUCUGCCACAGUGUCCUUUUCAGAGUGACCACUUCUUACUGCGCUGGCUUAGAGCCAGAAAUUUCAAUGUGCAGAAAGCUGAAGCAAUGCUACGGAAGCAUUUGGAGUUCCGGAAACACAUCAAGGCCGACACUAUCACGACUGAAUGGACGCCUCCUGAGGUUUUAGAUAAGUACCUUGCUGGAGGCAUAUGUGGCCAUGACCGAGAGGGCAGCCCUGUUUAUUAUGAUGUCGUCGGGCCAGUGGAUCCCAAACCUAUCCUGCUGUCUGUCUCCAAGCAGGACUUCCUCAAGUAUAAAGUUCGAGACUGCGAGAUGCUGUGGAAAGAGUGUGACUUACAGAGCGUCCGGUUGGGGAAAAACGUGGAGUCCGUAACGAUGAUCUAUGACUGUGAUGAUAUGGGCCUGAAGCAUUUAUGGAAACCUGCUGCAGACCUGGGAGGAGAGAUCCUGACCAUGUUUGAGGACAACUAUCCUGAAACACUCAAGAGGUUAUUUGUAAUAAAAGCACACACACUGUUUUCUGUGGCCUACAAUCUGGUGAAGCAUUUUCUGAGUGAGGAGACCAGACGCAAGGUCAUCGUUCUGGGAUCGAAUUGGCAGGAAGUGUUACUGAAACAUAUCGACCCAGAUGAACUCCCGGCCAUUUAUGGGGGAAAAAUGACUGACCCCGACGGAGACCCCCGCUGCAGAACUAAGCUUAAGCAAGGAGGGCAGGUGCCCAGGUCUUACUAUGCGCGGGAGUUUAUCAAGGUACAGUAUGACCAGAGUGUGUCCAUCAGCCGCGGCUCCUCCCAGCAGCUGGAGUAUGAGAUCCUGGCACCGGGCUGCGUGCUCAGAUGGCAGUUCUGCUCUGAGGGAGCAGAUAUUGGCUUUGGAGUCUUCUUGAAGAAGAAGCUGGGGGAGAGGAUGAAGGCGGGUCAGAUGCAGGAGGUUGUGCCCAGUCAGCGCUACAAUGCACACCUGGUACCUGAAGAUGGAUCCCUCACCUGCACAGAACCAGGAGUGUAUGUGAUACGAUUUGACAACACUUAUAGCAUACUUCAGUCCAAAAAGGUCAGCUUCACUGUGGAGGUCCUCCUGCCCAGUAAUGACAGUCAAUCAGAGCCUGAGAUGAGCAAAGCAUCAGAGCAGGAAGCAGCCAAUAAGAUGUGACUGUAGAACUGUUGGUUUGGAGACUGAGACUAUAACUGCAAAGCAAACCAGCAUUUGAAGCAGCAUGUCUUGCACAAGACAUUAAAUGAAAAGAGUUUUAAAGCUGUAAUUGCUACACAGUGGAUGAAGUAACAAAAAUGCUGCAGAGAAUAUGCCCGUGUUGACAUAAUUUUCUCUAAAUCUUGUCUUAAUGAAAAUUUGCACAAAAUUUGCAUUAAUUACAGCAUUAUUGUCCUGCUAAUACAGUCCAGAUACAUUUUACACCGUGUUUAUUUGAAUUGGAGAGAUUUCUAUGCAGCUGUGCUGAUAGAGGUUUUCCCCUGCAUGUUUUGUUGCUAAGACAGGAAGAGAAAAUUUACUUCUUGUAUAGCCCAUGUAAAGAAACACAAAAACCGGGGUCUCAUGCGCACAGUUUCAUGCAUUACAUGCACGUUUAUACACAUACAAUGUGAACAUUCUUAUAUUUGGAACUACUCCUGACUAUGAUAAUGCUACCCCUAGUGGUAGAAAAUUAUAAUUACAGGUAAACCCAUUUUGAAAUGUACAAACUCCCAGUAAUUAUCUGCUAUUUUUGUUCCUGAUUUAUGUCUGUUGUACCAAAACCAUGAAGAAUUAGAUAAAAAUGGAAGUGCAUUCCAUAAGUUCCACUUAUUCCUCAUGAUUUUAUUCAACAACUGCGGUGUGCCAGAUGCUUAACGUAUCGGGAAAUAAACUGGCUAACACUUUGCAUGCUGCACUGUUUUUUCCCUUACACUUAGGGGUUCGGGUGGAAAAAAAAACAAAAACUGGGGCGCUAACUUACUAACAAGUAGUGCGCCAAUGCCAAGUAAUUUUAUAAUAUUACAGAUAUUUUUGCAAUAUUUUUUUCACCUAGUCCUCAAAGAGCUAAGAGAAAAACAACCGUUGCCCUAGGGGUGUUUAAACAUGCUAAGUGUAGGCCAGUAAUGGAUUUUUUUAGGCUUUUGAUGGCUAAAAUUUUACAAGAGAUGCUGGAAACACGUCUUCAGCUGUUUUUGGUCUUUUAUACAGGAAGAGAAAAUGAAUAAAAUCAAACUUAGACUCAGGAAUGCUCUUUCGGUGCUCUUACACUGUAAAACGUGUUGUCAGUUCAAGCUAAAAAACAUACUUAAUGUGGUAACAAGCACUAAAAUGAAGAAAUGAAGAAAGAUGAACAAUUGCUGUAUUUUUCAUUACUUCAAAUCACAAAAAACACUUCAGAUCAACUUCUGCCGCCUUCACUGCUUUUCUGCUUUCCGCUGUUGUCUAGUGCGCAGAGAUAUAGACCGUUCUACACAUGCUUUGAUGAAUGUAUCUAUUAAUAAUUGGUGUUAUUAAUUAUGAGGAAUAUAAGUCUUUGGAUAUACACUGAUAUAUUUACAAUGGAACUUGAUAAUUAUAUUCUUUUGUUGUUCCAUUGGGCCAGUGUUGUUGUACAGUGGGCCAGAGCUCCUAGCUGCUAAUCCUAAAGUAACUAAAAGCUUAAAGUUCAGAGUCGUAUUCAACAUGGACAUAAAAAAUACUAAAGUUCCUCCAAGUCUUUAAUAUACACUAUGUACUCCAUAGGAACAAUCUAAAGUGUCAGGUUUUAUCCCCAAACAUAAUACUACCUGGAAAAGAACAUUCAGAAAUAGAGGUACUGAUGGAGAUUAGGAUUCCCGAAGCUCAUUCCAGUUUCCUUAAUCAGAAAGAAAAAUCAAGGUUUAUAUACCAGAAUAAGGAAAUUACAGGUUGACUGAAGUGAUCUUGAUGACAGGAGUAUUUACGUACCCAUGUACUGGCAGUGAGUCACUGCCGCUUGCUGUUUUACAGCUUUACAUCAAAAUAUAGAAUUACAACAUGGUCUAUUUUAUUUUUUAGUUAGUUAUUUUCUUAUACUAGCUCUUACAUAUUGCCCAGUUUUUCUACAGCAAGUUGUACAAGAACAAAGUAAUGUUUGCAUUUUUUAAGCCAUCCCUACAGAUGGGUGCAUCAUAGUGAGCUUCAGGCCAUCCAAAGCAGUGUGAAUGAAAAUAUUGCCUUUUAUUUACUUAAUGGUUCAAUAAGCACAGUUAAUCAUUUUCUAUAUACUGACUAUUUUAAUCAGACCUUUUUAAAGUUCAAUUUUUAACUACAUAAGGCUCUUUUUUUCCUUUGGAAUAGUGAACAAAGAAUGUAUUUUAAUGUGCUGAGUAUUGCCGUUCUGAUGGCUGAUGCGAAUAUUUGUCUUUUGUUUUGUUAAUCAUCAGGUGUCAUUACAAACAGACUGAUAAUGCAAACACUUAUUUUUUAAUUGCAGGUAUUAGUAAUUCAGUGAAUGCUUGAGUACUGCCUGUCCCUAAAACAGGACCCAUAGAUUAGUGCCUAUUGUCUGCAGACCUGCAGUCUGUUUAAUGUGUAUCUUGCAGUGUGUUCUGGUAACUCACAAAUUGCCUUAUGUUGGAUUAAUUAACAAAUUAAAUGCUGAUAUUUAAAUCACA